AGUCAAAGAAAUAAAAAACCUAUUGGUCAAGUUAAACCUGAUUUACUUUCACAAAUAAAAACAUCUUGCCAAAAUUCAGAGAGUCCCAGGAGAGAUGUCUUAACUCCUUCAGAGGCAUAUGAAGAACUUCUAAACCAAAGACGACUAGAGGAGGACAGAUAUCGACAACUAGAUGAUGAAAUUGAAUUAAGGAAUAGAAGAAUCAAUAAAAAAACGAAUGAAGAAGUGGACAUUUCCAAUAAAAAACAUCAGAGGUUUGCCAGCAAGGUUGACAUUCCAGAUAGAAGAUUUAGCAGGUUUAAUGAAGAUCGUGCCUUGGACAAACAGUAUUAUAUACCAGACAAAGAUCCUGAAGUAAGUGAAGAAAUGGACGAGAGGUUUAGAUAUGAAAGUGAUUUUGAUAGAAGACCUUUGAGAGUGUAUACAAAUGACAGGAUAUAUGGGAACAGACGAGGAAAUGUGCCUCCUGUGGAGUAUGGUGGCGAUGUCACAGGACAGUCAAACAUACGAAUUUCAUCUGCUGGAAAUAAAAGUGCUCGAGACAAUGAAGCAUCCAAAUCUACCCGAGAAAUCUGUAGUCCUUUUGCGGGGAUGCUCUUUGGCGGUGAAGAUCGAGAACUUAUUCAGAAAAGAAAAGAAAAAUAUAGACAAGAACUGUUGGAACAAAUGGCUGAACAAAAGGAGAACAAGAGACGAGAAAAAGAUUUGGAACUCAGAGUUGCAGCUUCUGGAGCCCAAGACCCCGAGAAAUCGCCCGAUAGACUAAAGCAGUUUAGUGUGGCACCAAGAUACUACGAAGAGACGAUCCCACCUGAAAGACCCAGAGUAGCUUUCCAGACCCCUCUCCCUCCUUUAUCUGCCCCCCAUGCCCCCUCCUGCCCACCAGCUCCCUCCAUCCCACCACAGAGAGAAGAUCUGUACAGUGGACUCGGCAGCACCCUUGGUGAAAUGGUGUCUCCCAGGAUUGCACCUCUGCCUCCACCUCCCCUACUACCACCUUUGGCUACUAACUAUAGAACUCCUUAUGAUGAUGCGUACUAUUUUUAUGGAGCCAGGAAUACUUUGGAUCCUAGUCUUGCUUACUAUGGCUCAGGAUUGAUGGGAGCGCAGCCUGCAGUUCAUGUUCCUGCUCCUUUUGCCCACUGGCCAGAACAGCCCAUUAUGAACACAGUUGGACAGAACGAAUUGAAAGUCACAAGUGAUAGUACAAUUAAUUCAGGAUUAAUUUUUGAAGAUAAGCCAAAGCCUCCAAAGCAGACACUUCAGUCUUACCAAGAAGCUUUGCAGCAGCAGAUUCGGGAAAGAGAACAGAGAAGGAAGAAAGAACGUGAAGAAAAGGAAAAUUAUGAAGCGAAGCUAGAGGCUGAAAUGAGAAGUUACAACCCCUGGGGGAAAGGUGGAGGUGGUGCUCCUCUCAGGGACACAGAGGGAAACCUGAUAAGUCAUAUACAAACACAGAGCUCUCCUUUUGCUCGGGGAAAUGUAUUUGGUGAGCCCCCAACUGAACUUCAGAUUAGACAGCAAGAAACAUACAAGAAUUUUCUUCGAUUUCAGAUUGCGGAGAAGAAACGAAGAGAGGAAGCUGAGCGCGAGAGACUGAGGAUUGAAGAAGAAAAAGAAGAAAAACGGCUCGCAGAACAGAGGGCACGGAUCCAGCAAGAGUAUGAAGAGGAACAGGAGAAGAAGCGGGAGAAAGAGGAGGAGCAAAGACUAAAAAAUGAAGAGCUUAUUCGGUUAGCUGAAAAAAGACGAAAAGAAGCAGAAAAGAAGAAGAAAGAAGAAGAAGAAAAACAUAACCAACAACUUCAGCAUUACUAUGAAAGAGAAAAUAUAAUUGGGAAAGAAACAAAGCGCUUGAAACAGCCUUCCCCUGUGGUUCCUGCUUUACAGAACAAAAUUGCAGGCAAACUCCAAAGACCUCCUUCAGUUGACAGCAUUAUAAGUGCCUUUAUUCAAGAACGUUCCGUGUCCAGGGCACAGUCUCCUCCGGUACCUGCCAGGAAAAAUCAACUUCGUGCGGAAGAGGAGAAAAGAAAUGUAAUUAUGGAAUUAUCAGAAAUGAGAAAACAGCUUCGUAGUGAAGAGCGGCGUCUCCAGGGGCAGUUGCUACACUUGGAAAGUGAUGAGGAAAUUCACAUGAGGAAAAGAGAAAGGAGCCCCAUGGACAUAUUUGACAUGGCGCGGCAUCGGGUGCAGGCUCCUGUCAGAAGACAGUCGCCGAAGGGCUGGGACUCGGCUACUUUGCAGAAUAUUCGGGACUUCAAUGAGCUGAAAGACAGAGAUUCAGAAACACGAGUGGAUCUGAAACUUAUGUACCCAGAUCCUCCAAGAGAUCAGUACACCUUAGAGAUUCAGCAGCAAGCCCUGCUGAGAGCACAGCAGAAGAGACUUAACAGAAUAAAAAUGCAGGAAGGUGCUGAAGUGGACUUGGAUGCCGUCCCAAGCGUUCAAGUACAAAAUCACAGAAUGCCCAGAGAUAACCCUGAUGAUUUCUUAAAAAAUUCAUUAUUGGAAUCCGAUAGUGCUUUUAUUGGUGCGUAUGGUGAGACAUAUCCUGCCUUUGAAGAGGACGCCCUCCUUCCACCCCCACAGCUGCCCUCUGCAAGGGAGCGCAGGAGGAGCAAAUGGAAAGGACUGGCCUCUGAUAACGGUCUUCCUAAUGUACCGCCAGAUGAUCUCUCUUUAAAAUCUGUAUCGAGUAUAAAUAUUGAUCAGAUUAGAAUGAGAAAUGAAGAACGAAUGCGAAGAUUGAAUGAACUCCAGAAUAAACCUAUUAAUACAGAUGACGAGAGUUCACUCAUUGACCCUGAUGACUUCAUGAAGCAUGUGGGUGACGAUGGAUCAAACUCUGUAGCAACUGAACCCUGGCUCCGCCCGGGCACCUCAGAAACGCUGAAGCAGUUCAUGGCAGAACAACUGGACCAAGAGCACCAGCAGGUUCCUGGAAAACCAGGCACUUUCACUUGGCAGGGCCUGUCUACUGCACAUGGUUAAAAUAAACCUGUGUUGGACCCAGCAGUGCCUUCUAAGGUAAAAGGGAUGUUAACUCUGAACCUUUAAUAAUAUGUGCUACUUUGACCCCUACCUGGAAGUUAUGUUAUCUGUGUAUAAGGUAAUGUAUAUAAUGUAUAUUAUGUACAGAAAUAAAAGGCCAUGAUUAAUUUAUAUAUAAUGUAGAGUUAUAUAGAAUUAUUUUUGCCCUAAGUCAGGGUGGUAAUGAACUCAACUACCAUAUGUGCAUUAUUGUAAAGUAGAAUGAAUAAAACAAGUGUAUUAACAAUGUACAUAUAACUUGUUAUAUGUGCACUUGUUACUGAAAUAAUUCAUUAGUAAAUACAUUAGCUGUAGCUGUCACUAUUCCAGUUGCUACGUAAUGACAGAAUCAGAUUUCCAUGUUGUUUAUAGCUACUGAUUCAGUAUAAAUGGUGGGAGUCAUAAUUGAUUUUAUUCCCGAGCUAUGCACUAAAUGUUACAUCCUUCUGCCUCUAUUUUUGUGCCAAUUAAGGGAUUAAGUUUACUGAUUUAACUACUUCUUGAUAGAAAUAAAUUAUUUUUAUUACCAA